CCUCCGCCCCGCGCCCCGGCCCCCGGGCGCCGCAGCCUUCGCCUCCGCCGGGGAGAAGCUCGCGCCCUGCGCAGCUGAAGGAGCCGGCUCUCCCCGGGAGGGUGUCGUCGCCGCCGGUUCGCAGAGGGCGCGGGCCCGGGAGGCGGGGACCGAGCGCCGCGACCCGCCAUGGCUCAGGCGGCCAAACAGCUGAAGAAAAUCAAAGACAUCGAGGCGCAGGCCCUCCAGGAGCAGAAGGAGAAGGAGGAAUCCAACAGGAAGCGGCGGAACCGCUCCCGUGACCGCAAGAAGAAGGCNGAUGCUGCUACCAGCUUUCUGCGGGCGGCACGCUCGGGGAACCUGGACAAGGCUCUGGAUCACCUGCGCAAUGGAGUGGACAUUAACACCUGUAACCAGAACGGGUUGAACGGCCUGCAUCUGGCCUCCAAAGAAGGCCAUGUGAAGAUGGUGGUUGAACUUCUGCACAAAGAGAUCAUUCUAGAAACGACAACCAAGAAGGGGAACACUGCUCUGCACAUCGCUGCCCUUGCUGGUCAGGAUGAGGUGGUCCGGGAGCUGGUCAACUAUGGAGCCAACGUCAAUGCCCAGUCUCAGAAAGGCUUCACUCCCCUGUACAUGGCUGCUCAGGAGAACCACUUGGAAGUGGUGAAAUUUCUACUGGAGAAUGGAGCCAAUCAGAAUGUAGCCACAGAAGAUGGCUUCACCCCACUGGCCGUGGCUCUACAGCAGGGUCACGAGAAUGUGGUGGCUCACCUCAUCAACUAUGGGACGAAAGGGAAAGUGCGCCUCCCUGCCCUGCACAUUGCGGCCCGCAACGAUGACACACGGACAGCCGCAGUCCUUCUGCAGAAUGACCCCAACCCAGAUGUGCUUUCCAAGACGGGAUUCACACCCCUCCACAUCGCAGCUCACUAUGAGAACCUCAACGUGGCCCAGUUGCUCCUCAACCGGGGAGCCAGCGUCAACUUCACACCUCAGAAUGGCAUCACCCCACUACACAUCGCCUCCCGCAGGGGGAACGUGAUCAUGGUGAGACUCCUGCUGGACCGAGGGGCUCAGAUAGAAACGAGGACCAAGGAUGAAUUGACACCGCUCCACUGUGCAGCUCGGAAUGGACACGUGAGAAUCUCAGAGAUCCUGCUGGACCACGGGGCACCCAUCCAAGCCAAAACCAAGAAUGGCUUGUCCCCAAUCCACAUGGCUGCUCAGGGAGACCACCUCGACUGUGUCCGACUUCUAUUGCAAUACAAUGCGGAGAUAGACGACAUCACCUUGGAUCACCUGACUCCUCUCCACGUGGCAGCCCACUGUGGCCACCACAGGGUGGCUAAGGUUCUUUUGGAUAAAGGGGCCAAGCCCAACUCCAGAGCCCUGAAAGUAGAAACCCCCUUGCACAUGGCGGCCCGAGCAGGGCAUACAGAAGUGGCCAAAUAUUUGCUCCAGAACAAAGCCAAAGCCAACGCCAAGGCCAAGAAAGGAUUUACCCCUCUGCACGUGGCUGCUAAGUACGGGAAGGUACGGUUGGCGGAGCUGCUGCUNGAACACGAUGCACACCCCAAUGCAGCUGGGAAGAACGGCUUGACUCCUCUGCAUGUGGCCGUCCAUCACAACAACCUGGACAUUGUCAAACUUCUUCUUCCCCGAGGUGGCUCCCCCCACAGCCCUGCCUGGGAUGACCAGACACCGCUUCACUGUGCUGCUCGAAUAGGCCACACAGGCAUGGUGAAGCUCCUGCUGGAGAAUGGUGCCAGCCCCAAUCUGGCUACCACUGCUGGCCACACACCCCUGCACACCGCAGCCCGUGAGGGACACGUGGACACAGCCCUGGCCCUGCUGGAGAAGGAGGCAUCCCAAGCCUGCAUGACCAAGAUGGGUUACACCCCACUCCAUGUGGCCAGUCAUUAUGGAAACAUCAAGCUGGUGAAGUUCUUGCUACAGCACCAGGCAGAUGUCAAUGCCAAGACCAAGCUAGGAUACAGCCCCUUGCACCAGGCAGCUCAACAAGGACACACAGACAUUGUGACAUUGCUCCUGAAGAAUGGUGCUUCUCCAAAUGAGGUCAGCUCGAACGGAACCACACCUCUGGCAAUAGCCAAACGUUUGGGCUACAUCUCUGUAACAGACGUGCUCAAGGUGGUCACAGAUGAAACCAGUGUGGUGUUAGUCAGUGACAAACACCGAAUGAGCUACCCUGAGACAGUGGAUGAGAUCCUGGACGUGUCUGAAGAUGAAGGUGACGAACUUGUCGGCUCGAAGGCUGAAAGGCGGGACUCCCGGGAUGUGGGUGAGGAGAAAGAGCUGUUGGAUUUUGUGCCGAAGCUAGACCAAGUGGUGGAGUCUCCAGCCAUCCCAAGAAUCCCUUGUGUCACACCUGAGACCGUUGUGAUCCGAUCUGAAGAUCAGGAACAAGCAUCUAAAGAAUAUGAUGAGGAUUCCCUCAUCCCUAGCAGCCCGGCCACAGAGACCUCAGACAACAUUAGCCCUGUGGCUAGCCCGGUCCACACAGGGUUCCUGGUGAGCUUCAUGGUGGAUGCCCGAGGGGGAUCCAUGAGAGGAAGCCGUCAUAAUGGCCUCAGAGUGGUGAUCCCUCCCCGGACAUGCGCAGCACCCACUCGCAUCACCUGCCGCCUCGUUAAGCCGCAGAAGCUGAACACGCCACCCCCACUGGCUGAGGAAGAGGGCCUAGCCAGCAGGAUCAUUGCCCUGGGACCCACGGGGGCCCAGUUCCUUAGCCCUGUGAUCGUGGAAAUCCCCCAUUUUGCCUCCCAUGGCCGCGGGGAUCGUGAGCUGGUGGUUCUGAGGAGUGAAAACGGCUCUGUGUGGAAGGAGCACAAGAGUCGUUAUGGGGAAAGCUACCUGGACCAGAUCCUUAAUGGCAUGGAUGAAGAGCUGGGGAGCCUGGAGGAGCUGGAGAAGAAACGUGUGUGCCGCAUCAUCACUACCGACUUCCCCCUGUACUUUGUCAUCAUGUCCCGGCUCUGCCAGGACUACGACACCAUCGGUCCUGAAGGGGGCUCCCUGAGAAGCAAGCUGGUACCCUUGGUACAGGCAACGUUCCCCGAAAACGCUGUGACCAAGAAAGUGAAGCUGGCUCUGCAGGCCCAGCCUGUCCCGGAUGAGCUGGUGACCAAGCUCCUGGGUAACCAGGCCACAUUCAGCCCCAUUGUGACCGUGGAGCCAAGGCGUCGGAAGUUCCACCGUCCCAUCGGGCUGCGAAUCCCGCUCCCUCCCUCAUGGACGGACAACCCCAGGGACAGUGGGGAGGGAGACACCACCAGCCUGCGCCUACUGUGCAGCGUCAUCGGUGGAACUGACCAAGCCCAGUGGGAAGAUAUAACGGGAACAACCAAACUUGUAUACGCCAACGAGUGUGCCAACUUUACCACCAAUGUCUCAGCCAGGUUCUGGCUGUCAGACUGUCCUCGGACUGCGGAGGCUGUGCACUUUGCCACUCUCCUGUACAAAGAGCUCACAGCUGUCCCCUACAUGGCUAAGUUUGUCAUUUUUGCCAAGAUGAAUGACGCUCGGGAAGGACGGCUCCGUUGCUACUGCAUGACGGAUGACAAAGUGGACAAGACCCUGGAGCAGCAUGAAAACUUCGUGGAGGUGGCCCGGAGCAGGGACAUAGAGGUUCUGGAAGGGAUGCCUCUGUUUGCAGAACUCUCGGGGAACUUGGUUCCUGUCAAGAAAGCGGCCCAACAGAGGAGCUUCCAUUUCCAGUCGUUUCGAGAGAAUCGUCUGGCCAUCCCCGUGAAGGUGAGGGACAGCAGCCGCGAGCCAGGAGGGUUCUUGUCGUUCCUGCGAAAGACAAUGAAGUACGAAGACACACAGCACAUCCUCUGUCACUUGAAUAUCACCAUGCCCCCCUGCACCAAGGGCAGUGGANCAGAAGACAGGAGAAGGACCCUGACGCCCCUGACCCUUCGAUACAGCAUUCUCAGCGAGUCACGGCUGGGUUUUACCAGUGACACAGACCGUGUCGAAAUGAGGAUGGCUGUCAUCAGAGAACACCUCGGCCUAAGCUGGGCAGAGCUGGCCCGGGAGCUGCAGUUCAGCGUGGAGGACAUCAACCGGAUCCGUGUAGAAAACCCUAACUCCUUGUUGGACCAGAGUACAGCCUUGCUGACCCUCUGGGUGGACCGUGAAGGCGAAAAUGCAAAGAGUCAGUACCACCCAGCCAACUCUCUUGCUAGAUAGACCUGCGCCUCACCAGGGUCCUUUCAGAUGUCAUUCCCGCUGCUGCCGNCCUUGGCUGACCUUGGGCUUUCUCUCUGU